AUGAAAUGGAAAAGCAGUUCACGGAAAUUACAACAAUUCGGUCAACGAUUGACCGUAACACGACAGUAUGACGAGUUAGCUGCAUACUUUCAUUUGACAAUUAUUACGGUAGCAGCAAUUUUAAGUUUUAGUGGUAAUAUCAAUGGUAAUUUUGUAUUUGAUGAUCGAGAAGCUAUCAUCAAUAAUAAAGCUAUUCGACAAAUUGGAAAAAUUUUGGAAAGUGAUUUUUGGGGUUAUCCGAUACGAUCAACACGUAGUCAUAAGUCAUAUCGUCCGGUUACUACUAUUACUUUUGCGAUCAAUUAUGCAAUAUCAGGUCUUCAUACUACAACUUAUCAUAUUGUUAAUAUCACAUUACAUGCAAUUAUUUGUGUAUUACUUUAUAAAAUACUAAUUAACCUAUCAAAAAUAUUUUAUGAAAAAUAUCCCAAUCGGAUAGCUUUUCAUGUUUCAUUGUUAUUUGCAAUCCAUCCAAUACAUUCUGAAGCAGUAGCAAGUAUAGUAGGUCGAUCUGAAUUAUUAAUGACAUUAUUUACACUUACUGCAUUACAUUUAUACAUCAAAUGUUGGUGUAAAUCAGAAUUUUCAAUGAAAUCAAAAUUUACGAUUGUAUCACUCAGCGCAAUCGCAUUGUUUAGUAAGGAACAAGGAAUUGUUGUUAUGCCACUUUGUGCAACAUUUGACAUUUGCGCAUCAAAUAUUUCACCAAUUCGAUUCUUUAUUGCAUUUAGAAAACGAAUGAAUAGUGAUGGAAGUAAUAAUGAAAUUGAUAAGAGUACAGCACAUAUAAUU